CCCCCGUUGCUGUUUAGGCAUCUUCGUUGCGUCGUCCGAUCAUGGGAAACCGAUUUUGCUGCUCUUCGGUCAGGCGGCAGUACCCACCAAAGAAGGAGGGUAGCCCCCCUCCCCCGGCCGAGACAUGGUCGAGAUGCUCGACGGAGAGCGUCACGGCGACGCACAACUUCGAGGUGACCGGUUUCUCGUCGCUGGAGGGCAUAGGUGCCGGUAAGUUCCUCAGGUCGGGAAAGUUCACCGUCGGCGGCUGCGAGUGGGAUCUCCACUUAUACCCCGACGGAUGGAAGGAGGAGCACAAAUCUGUCUACGCGUCGGUCUUCCUGUCUCUCUGUGAAGGAGAAACCGGGACGUCAGGGGUGACGACCAAGUACACCUUGACAUUGCUGGACCAACAUGGUAGAGUAUCCAACCUUACUACCCAGGGAUCCCAAGGUAGCCUACAACAUACUUUCCAUAGUACCACCGGCUAUUGGGGCUUUGAAAAGUUUGUCGAGAAACCAAAGCUGCGACAGCUGCUUGCCCUCACCGGGGACUCCUUCACAGUCAGAUGUGUCUUGACUGUCAUCAAAAAGGGUCAGGCAGAAGAUGUGCACACGGCCGUCGCACCGCUCCCGCAGUCCAACCUGCACAAACACUUCCUAGAUAUGUUGAAGGGUGGGGAAGGCGCGGACGUGACCUUCACCGUCGCAGGCCAGUCGUUCCUCGCGCAUAGAUGUGUGCUCGCCGCAAGGUCCCCGUUGUUUAAGGCUGAGCUCUUUGGUAAGAUGAAUGAGACUCUGGCGCAGAGCAUCAAGAUCGAUGGCAUGGAACCCUCCAUCUUCGAGGCACUCCUUCACUUCAUCUACACGGAUUCUCUGUCGGAUGACCGGCAUGCGGAUGAUAGACACACGGAGAUGCAGCACCUGCUGGUUGCCGCGGAUCGAUACGGAGUCGAUAGGUUAAUGGCGAUAUGCGAAGGGAAAUUGUGUCGAAGCAUCGGCGUGCAAACCGUCGCAACGACCCUUGCUCUAGCGGAGCAACACCACUGCAUGCACCUGAAAAGGGCAUGUCUUGAAUUUUUGUCUUCCCGGGAUGUCCGCCAAGCUGUCAAAGAAACAUAUGGAUUCAAGCAUCUCGGCGUCCACGACUGUGAUGCCUGUGGAGGGACCGGGGACGGCAUCGCUCCGUUAGAGGGAGGAGUGGAGGGUGUCACUGAUGGAAUUGUUGGAGUAGGUGGAGCGGCAGUGGACGAUGACGGCGGCCAACGCCAAGGUGUGGAUGCGCAGAGCGGGAAGGGUGAGGGAGGGAUGGUGGGGGCGUGGGCAGCUGGUGUUGCGUGCGCAUGGCGGGAAUCAGGGCACCCCUACACCCAAGUCCGUCAACCUCCGACUACCCUGCAUCGGCAACGCCAUUGCCGUAUCGUCCCCGGCUCCAGAUCUCUCCCGUUCAUGGCCUCACUGGCGCUCACCGCAGCGCCACAACCUUUGCCUCUGGGUUGCGUCUCCUCUUAUAAUCAGCUGAACCCAAAUAAAUUUUCAGCCCAGAAGUGA